AUGACCGCUCCUCAGGUUCACCAUCUUUUCCAUGCCCCAAUUGCAGACCAUUCGUUCUCCUCUGACAAGGGGACCCUUGCUGUCGCCCGGGAUAACAAUGUGGAGCUGUACCAGUCAUCAGGCAGCAAGUUCACGCUGAGCGAUGAGCUGAAGGGCCACGAUAAGACCGUCACCAGUGUCGACAUUGCCCCCAAAAGUGGUUGUAUCGUCACUUGCUCGCAAGACCGCAAUGCCUACGUUUGGGAGAAGACUCCCACUGGCUGGAAGCCCACUCUCGUCCUGCUUCGAAUUAACCGUGCAGCAACUUUCGUGCGGUGGUCGCCUUCUGAGCAGAAGUUCGCCGUCGGCUCUGGAGCGCGCGUCAUUGCCGUCUGCUAUUUCGAGGAGGAGAACGAUUGGUGGAUCUCGAAGCACCUGAAGAAGCCGAUCCGGAGUACCAUCACAACGCUUGCAUGGCACCCCAACUCCGUGCUUCUAGCCGCGGGGUCCACGGAUUCCCAUGCCCGCGUCUUUUCGAGCUUCAUCAAGGGCAUCGACCAGCGCCCGGAGCCAAGCGCUUGGGGAGAGCGUCUUCCCUUCAACACUAUCUGCGGUGAAUUCUUGAACGACACCGCGGGCUGGAUCCAGGGUAUUUCCUUUUCGCCGAGCGGCAAUGCCCUCGCUUUCACCGGACAUGACAGCAGUGUCACGGUCGUUUACCCCAGCGCACCGGAGCAGCCGCCUCGGGCGAUGCUGAACAUUUCUACCCGUCUGCUACCGCUCAACAGUCUCAUCUGGAACGGCGAGAACGAGAUCAUCGCUGCCGGUCACGAUUGCGAGCCCUUCCGUUUCCACGGCGACGAGAACGGAUGGCAGUUGGCCGGCUCUCUUGAAAAACAGAGCGGGGCCGGCGCCGAUGGUGCUCGCGAGGAGUCCGCGCUGAACAUGUUCCGGCAGAUGGAUCUCAAGGGCCAGACCGCAGUGGAUACCAAGCUCAAAUCGACCCACCAGAACACCGUGAACACUGUCCGUGUCUUCGAGGAGGCUAACGGACACGUGAGCUCUUUCAGCACUAGCGGAGUCGAUGGCCGUGUUGUUAUCUGGUCUACCUGA